CUUCCUCCCUCUCUCUCUCUGUGGCUUUUCGCCAAACAGUGCAUGUGUCAUUCUCAGUCCCAAGCUCUUCUUCGUCCUUCGAGCGAAACUUCAAAAUCAAACACACAGCAGAGCAGAGACCAUCAUCAUCAUCAUCAUCAUCAUCAUCAUCAUCAAUCUCUUUCUAGUCAAAAAUGUCUUACGACUAUCUCUUCAAGUACAUAAUCAUCGGAGAUACAGGUGUGGGGAAAUCAUGUCUGUUGUUGCAAUUCACGGACAAGAGGUUCCAACCGGUUCAUGAUCUCACCAUUGGAGUCGAGUUUGGUGCUCGCAUGGUCACCAUCGAUGGCAGACCCAUUAAGCUCCAAAUUUGGGACACCGCUGGACAAGAGUCUUUUAGAUCCAUCACCAGAUCGUAUUACAGGGGAGCAGCUGGGGCCCUUCUGGUUUAUGACAUUACUAGGAGAGAGACAUUUAAUCAUCUAGCAAGCUGGCUUGAAGAUGCUCGGCAGCAUGCAAACCCAAACAUGAGCAUAAUGCUUAUAGGGAACAAGUGUGAUCUUGCGCACCGUAGGGCUGUCAGCAAAGAGGAAGGGGAACAAUUUGCAAAGGAAAACGGGCUUUUAUUCCUGGAGGCAUCUGCAAGAACUGCCCAAAAUGUUGAGGAGGCCUUUAUAAAAACUGCUGCGAAGAUACUUCAGAAGAUUCAGGAAGGCGUGUUUGACGUCUCUAAUGAGUCAUCUGGCAUCAAGGUUGGAUAUGGGCGUCCCCAAGGUUCAUCGGGAGAUGGAACAGUUACUCAGAGAGGUGGAUGUUGCGGCUAAUUAAAAUAAAAACAGCAAUUGUUAUGUACCCUACCCUUAUGUGCAUUUUAUCCUCUGCUUGGCCCAUCUCUAAAUGAAUAUGAUAUGUACAGAGCAAAUGGUGGGUUUUCCGGUGAUUGAUUCAAUAUUACUUUCAUGGUUAACUAAAUUUAGUUGAACUCGGAGAGUUGCAUUUGGCUUGUUGCUUGAAGUUUAUACACCAUAAAUAGUUGAUUAACUUCAAUGAUUCUACAUUUGUGCUGUGUUCUAUUUCUCCUUUUUAAUGGAUGGCUAUUUUAGAAA